UGGGAGGCAGCGUGUUCAGGUCGGUUUCUAAUUGCCACAUCCUUUCCCACUCACCGUCUUCCGUCGCCCGACACGUGUCCCCAACCAAAACUACGCCCCCGCCUGCCGUUUUGCUUCAAAACUGCGCGAAAGCUCUCCCAAACUCUCCAAACCCAUAAAGAGGAAGAAGCGCAGAAUUUAUAGGCUCUAUCUCGCUUUUGUCAAAGGAUCAAUCUUUUAUUCGAUGCCUUAUGCUCGAAGAUAAUCUCAUUCAAUUACCAUUUUAUCCACGCCACAAUCGAUCUCUUCAGGGAUAGUAAGCUAAUGGCAACUGCAACUAUGGCUACCGCAGCCGGUGCAGCUGCGCUUUUGUAUUAUACAUUGAAUCGUAAGUUACAGUCCCCUACAUCGGACGGUGAUGAUGACGAAAAUGGGGGUGGUGGUGUGCCCAAUCAUGCUCCUUUGGGAAUUGAACGCGUUUCGCAUAGGUUAAUUCAAGCCCCGGCUACAUGGCUGGAGACCAUUUCGACUUUGUCAGAGACUCUUAGGUUCACUUACUCUGAGACUUUGGGGAAGUGGCCUAUAGGGGAUUUGGCAUUUGGGAUUAGCUUUCUUCUAAAGAGGCAGGGAAACUUACACGUUCAUGGUGUAUUUGGUGGAAUAGACAGUCAACAGCUAAAAGGAUCUCAAAUAAUUGCUGAACUCAAAUACCUCUUAAACUUAUUGACACUGUGUUGGCAUUUUUCGAAGAAACCUUUUCCAUUGUUUUUAGAGGAGACAGGCUAUUCAGAAGAGAAUGUUCUUCUGCAGGAACCCAAAGCAGGAAUCUUGAAGCCUGCUUUUACAAUUCUUGUUGAUCAUAAUGAGAAGUGUUUUCUGUUGCUGAUUCGUGGAACCCAUAGUAUUAAGGACACUCUGACGGCUGCAACGGGAGCGGUUGUACCAUUCCAUCACAGUGUUGUACAUGAGGGAGGAGUCAGUAAUUUAGUUUUGGGUUAUGCACAUUGUGGAAUGGUUGCAGCUGCUCGAUGGAUUGCAAAGCUUGCAAAACCUUGCCUGCUAAAAGCACUUGAAGAAUAUCCUGACUAUGAACUUAAGAUUGUAGGGCAUUCUUUGGGUGGAGGCACUGCAGCACUUCUAACGUAUAUAUUGCGAGAGCAGAAAGAACUUUCAACAACCACCUGUGUGACAUUUGCUCCAGCUGCCUGUAUGACUUGGGAAUUGGCAGAAUCAGGAGGUCGUUUUAUUACAUCCGUUGUCAAUGGAGCUGACUUAGUGCCCACGUUCUCUGCUGCGUCAGUGGAUGAUUUGCGUGCUGAGGUUACAGCGUCUGCUUGGAUAAAUGACUUGAGAAAUCAGAUUGAGCAGACAAGAAUUCUUAGCACUGUCUAUCGUUCUGCUUCAGCUUUGGGAUCACGGCUUCCCUCCAUUGCCAGUGCAAAGGCAAAAGUUGCUGGGGCGGGGGCGAUUCUACGCCCUGUUUCCAAUGGUACACAGGUUGUUAUGAGAAGAGCCCAGAGCAUGGCUCAGGCAGCAUGGACUCGUCCUUCCCUUGGCUUGUCAUCAUGGUCGUGCAUGGCUCCUCGUCACCGAGCCUCAGCUGCUCAUUCAAACUCAAAUGAUGAAGGAAGUUCUGGAGGAUCCUAUGGUGGCAACACAGAGACUUCUGACCCUCUUCUUACACCCCCCAAGAGAACCACAAGCUCAACUGCCAUUGAAACCAUUGACCUUCCUGUAUCUUCAUCUGUAGGAAUGGAAUGGACUUCAGAGAUUGAUUGUUCUUAUUCUGAUAGAAUGCGUCAAGAUGCUGAUGGCGAUGUCGGUGAUGAGCAUGAGGGGCUCACAGACCAUGAUAGACAUGAAGACCGGAUGACUGAAGUUGAAUUGUGGCAACAACUUGAGCAUGAGCUUUAUGAUAGAACAGAAGGUGAGGAUGGCGAUGUGGUAAAUGAAAUAAGGAAUGCGGAAAAUGAAAUAAGGGAAGAAGAAGAAGCCGCAAUUGCAGAGGCAAGUGAUGGUCGGCCAGAGAGCUCUGCUCCUGACAUGAAGGAAGCACAUAGAUUUUUUCCUGCAGGGAAAAUCAUGCAUAUUGUUACCGUUCACCAUGGUGGUGCGGAUAGUGAAAGCAGUGGCCCUAGCUUGAGUGGAUCGGGCAAUGAGCAGCCAGAAGAGACUAGGGUUGGUAUUUUCCUUACUUCAAGAUCUCUGUACAGUAAGCUGAGGUUGUCACAAACCAUGAUUAGUGAUCACUUCAUGCCGGUAUAUAGAAGGCAGAUUGAGAAGUUAAUUAAAGAACUUGAGGAAGAAAUGGCUUCCAACGGAGAGGUGGUAUUAUAGGGAGAUAAACAUUGGAAUAACAAUUUGUCUAUACACUCUGCACCGGACUUGGAUUUUUGCCUCCAUCAAUUUUGAAUCUGAGCUGCAUAGAGACGGUAAUCCUCCUUCAUUUGCUUUGCUGCAAUUUGGGAAGAAUGGUGAUAGCUUUGAUGCCGCGACUUUCAAAUCGAGGAACCUGGUGGAUCAACCUGUAUGCAGUUACAAAAAUCCUCGUCUUCUGUAAAUUAGUUGAGGUGCUACACUUGAUUUCUCUGUUUUUUCUUUUUCCUUCAUUAAACUAAGGUGGUAGGCGACUUUUAACAUGUCUCUGUUUGUUGAACUUGUGGGUUAAACUCCCUGCUUUUUGUGCGCCCUGAUCGACAUUAGUUUCUUCAGUUGUAAGAGAGAGGGUUCCAUGGCACGGGUAAGUUUUUCUUCACAUGGCAUUGUGCGAUUGGCAUGAGAUGCCGCCAUGGAAAUUACUCUCUAGCUUUUAAGGCAACGCACUCAGAGUUUCCCAUCUUAAUUUUGUUAGAGAAAUUUUAAACAUCUUCCUUAUGACAUCAGUAUGCAAAUAUGGGAAUGUAA